GAGUUUAGCAAAAUGGCGGCGCCCACUACAACUUUGGCAACAUUUCAUUCCAAGGUUCAUUGUAAAGAAGCUCUUGUUAUAUCAGAAAAUAACGACAUUGCAAUAUGCACAGAAGAUGGAUUUUACAUCCUGGAACACAGAUAUGGUGUUAAUCUCAAAGAUACCUUGCCCCAUUUUUCCAAAUUUUUUAUACCUGCAUCUAAAUAUGUUAAUAUUUUAGAUCAGUCCAUGACAUAUGAAAGAGUUCAAGCAGUAUUUGACACAGAUGAUUUACAAGCUGUUGUGUUAGAUCGAACUAUUUUACCAGCUACCAAUUGUCAAGCUUCUCACAAGGUAUUCUCUUGUGCUACCUGGUCGCCUAAACAGACUGGUGGAUAUGGAAGAUGUGUUUUAGCAGGUUUAUCACAUGAUCAUCGUUUGACGUUAUAUUCUUCUCCACAGAAAAAUGAUUGGCAGCUGUUAUUUGAAUUAUCAGAGGAUUAUUAUAACCAAUGUAAGAAGUCUGUAGAUGAUAAUACUACAAUAAUGUUUGAUGAAUAUAGAGAUCAAACAUACAGUACAGCUGCUAUAGGGUUAGCUUGGUCACCAACUAUAACACUACAAUCAAGCAAUGAUAAAUCUGGUGUAGAAUUUAGUUUAUUAGCAGUUAGUAUGAAGAAUGGUGAUAUAGUUUUAUGGAGAGUUGAACAUCCACUUAUUUCACGAGAAAGAUUAAGUAUAUAUAAAGUUAUAUCUACUGAUAUUAUAACACCAUCAGCUUUAUCAUGGUGUUCUCUAGAUAUACAAACAGAUAUAGCUCAUUUAGCAGUAGGUUAUCAGUGUGGUAUAAUUAAGAUUAUAUCAAUACCUAUAUCAUCAUCACAAGACAGUAUUAUACAUCAAACAACAGUUCAUACUGAUACAGAUCUAUUAUCUGUCUCUACUUUAUGUUGGAAAUCUUUAUCUGCGGCACAUCAUAUAUUAUUAUCAACGAAAGGAGAGUUUGUAUUAGGUUAUGUGUUAUAUAUAAAUGAUGGUAAUAUAGAGAUUGUUAAAACAAGUCAUAGUGAAGGACCUCAUACAUUACAAGCUACAGCGUUAUGUUGCCGUAAUGAUGAAAUAGUUUUAUCUUCAGAAGAUGGUACAUCUCAGUAUGUCAGAUUAACAGUUGUUGGUGAUUCUUUAGAUAUAAAAUGUGAACCAGUUACAAUGAUAAAACAUAGACAUAAUUUGAAAUGGCUGUGUCAUGGCGGUGUUCUUACACAAAAUGCUGUUUAUUAUAUUGCUGCUUUUAGUCCAUCUGUGUUUUAUGAUCAUCUGAAAUAUAAAUUUCCAUUAGCAGUUCAUGUUGUUACAUUAAAGGAUAUCAAACCUACAGAGUUACCUACCUUAGUGUCGUCUGCAGAAGUUGAUUUAGAUAAUGGGGCUGAUAUUUUGGAUGUUGUUCGAAGAAAUUUACAGUUAGAUUUUCUCUCACCAGAAAAAAUGAUGAAAGAAUAUAAAACAGUGUAUUUAAAGAAUAUAGAAAACUUAGAGAAGGAAGUUUUACAGACUUGGAGAUAUAUAUUAUUGGUGAUAUUAACUAUGAUACCAGAGAAAAAGGCUGAAGAAUAUGAUGAUGGUGAAAUGCCAGAUAGUCGGGAUGUUGAGGAUGAAAUCCAAAAAUUAACCUGUUUAUUAAUGACAUACCAUUGUCAAAACAUCUUACAGCAGAUAGAUGAACAAAAUAUCAGUCUUAAUGAUAAAGAUAAACUAAUGAUAAAGAUGAUGAAGAAAUGGUUAUAUGUCAAUCAACCAUCCAUGAUAUCAACAGAAACAAAUAUAUGUGAAGAUAUACCCGAGUUAGAUAAUUGUAUUAUCUGUAAUGAAAAGUAUAAAAUAUCAGUAUCAUUUGUUGAAUGUCCUAAUGGACAUAAAUUUGGUUUAUGUUGUAAAACAUUACUACCAUGUAGAGAAUCACCAUUUACAACAUGUAACACUUGUGGUAUAACAGCAUUUUCAAUUACUAGAUUAAAAGAUUAUAAAUGUUUACAAGAUGACAUCAGGUGUAGUUUAUGUUGUUCGUCAUUAUUUUGAUACAGGCUAUAAUUUUCAAUGAAGAUGGUGGCUCAAUUGUGAGCUUUAAACAUUCUAGAUUGGCAGAAUUGAUAUUGAGUUAUUCAAAAUCAACUUUUGUCACAAUUGUGGUCGUGUGGUAAUCUAAUAAAGUGACCAUGUAUUGGCAGUGGUGAUUAGUGGGAUUAUUUCCUCACUCAGUUAGGCCCUACUGUGUAGCUUUGUGCUAGCCAACAGUUAUAGGUCACUGAUAGACUGGAUGACAGAGGAGUAAAAGUCAGAUGGAGAUUACAGUAUAAGGACACAAACUAAUUUAAUGUUAUUGUGUAAAGGAUAUUAGGUAACAUGUAUGGUUUGCACUAAGUAAGUUGUAUGAGUAAUUACCUGUGUUCUAUGACCUUACUUCUUUCAUACAAUCAUCAGUUUGCUGUAUGGAUAUACAAACUGAGGAGAAAAGUGAAAUUUAUUAUAUUGCCUGUGAAACUGACUAAAACAAUAGAAACAGUCCUGGUUAAAGCAUUGGAGUUAAAACUGUCAGGUAAUGAACUCUUGACAAAUAUAGUCAGUGCACUGGAUAUCAACAAGAUUUAUUUAUUUGGACUAUAUAUUCUCCACCAAAUCAACACAUCUGAUUAGAAAUUUGGUUUUACUUUUCGUAUAAGAGAAGUAUUUUUUACAAACAAUAAAAGAACUUUAAUUACA